AUGGAAAAGUCAGAUGAGCAGAAGUCAGCAGUUAUAAAGAGAUUCAUUGAUACUAAAGUGAAUGUGGGGAGAAAAGAGAUUUUUGAUACCUUUAGGGCAAGAUCACGUACUGCAGUUGUUGAGAAAGAAGCUUGUGGAGCAAGUUCAAUGCUGUUGAUGAACAAUGCUACUACAAACUUGACUCAUGGCUUUAUUAAUUCUCUACAGCCUUGUCUUUUGGCUUCCUCCAGACCAUUAUCAAUUAUGGGUUCAACUCCACUUGCUACGUGCCGUAGGCAUGGUUUUUCCUCCCACCUUUCACUUGGAGAGAUUGAACGUUCAGAGUACUACACUCGCGUGGAGAUUCGUUCUCCUAGAUACCGAGUUGUUCAUAGGUAUAUGGACUGUGAAUUGGAGUUUAAGGAGGAUCAAAGUCACCGUGCUAAUUUUCUCGGAAGAGCUGAACAGGAAAAACACCAGCAUUUGUUAGGAUAUAAGGAUAGAUUUCUGCCGCGCCCCGUACGGAAAUGCAAAAUGUGCAACAAGACCCUCGAGCAUGAAGACAUUUUCAUGCACGGUGAAUACAGAUUUUGCAGCUCUGAAUGUAGAUCUAAUGAUACGGUGCCUUACGUUGAACAGCGGAUGGCGGCGAAAUAUAACAUACGACGCAGUCAUGGUCGUCGCACAAGGAGGAAUGGGAGAGUCGAGUUUUACACUGGGGGGAUUCCAGCUGAUUAG